ACAGUAUAGGGGACAUGUAUAAACCCUCGGUUACAAUAUAUUUUUUAUUUAUUUUAUUUUGGGGCAAACACAGCACAGAAGUCACACUACUGACGUAAAAGGUUUUACGACACCGCACACUAAUGAAAAAAAUAAAAACAAAAGAAAUAGUAAAAUAAAUAAUAAUAAUAAUAAUAAAAUAAAAUAAAAAUAAAAAAACCGAAAUAAAGUGGUCCUCGUGUAAAACUGGAGCCUCCAUGUUUGUUAUUGUGUAGUUUUAUACAACAUAGGCGACAUGUAUAAACCCUCGGUUACAAUAUAUUUUUAAUUUAUUUUAUUUUGGGCAAACAGAGCACAGAAGUCACACUACUGACGUAAAAGGUUUUACGACACCGCACACAAGUUUACGACACUGCCAUGGCGGCUGACGGUGUUAGUUUUGAGAGCACGACCAACAUCGCCGACCGCAGGGAAAUUAAACGCCAGGCGCGGCAAGAAGCACUUGACAAGGCCAAGCAUGGUUAUGAGAAGGAGGAGAGGAGGAAGGAGCUGAAGAGGCAGCGAGGAGAGGACACUUGGAUGCUUCCUCAGGUGACCGACAGACUGAAAGAAAUAGAAGAGGAGGUCUGUGUGAAAAGCAAAAAGAAGAAAGAGAAGAAAUCCAAGAAAAAGAAGAAGGAGAAGAAGGAGAAGAAGGCAGCAGAUGUCUCAAGUGACAACUCAGAUGACUCUGCUGACGAGUGGGUUGAAGCUCAGCCUCAGCCUCAGUCUCAGCCUGCCAAGGCCUGGAAAGUUCCAGACAAGUCCAAAGCUGCAGAGACCGAGGGCGACUCCACUCAGAAUGUGCAGAGAGAGGAGUGGAUGACCUUUGACUUCCUGGCCAUGAAAACCACGUCCACUGCCGAGAGGAGAGCUGAGAAGGAGCGACUAAAAGAAGAGGAGCGGACCAAAGCCCAGGCCAUUGAACAGGCAGGUCUGCACAAACUGGAGCUGAACCCUUACUGGAAGGACGGAGGAAGUGGACUGCCCCCAGUGGAGAGUGCUGGUACUGCGGCAAAGAAAGAGGGUGCGGUGGUGAAUGACGGGGGUCUGAGUUGGCUGAGGAAGAACUACCAGAGGAUGAAGGAGCAGGCAGAGAGAGAGCAGCGCAGCCUGGAGGACGUGGUGGCCGACCGAUACGGAUCAAUGCAGGAGUUUCAGCAGCGGCUGGCGGAGGCAGAAGAGGCGGUGUACGGACACAGGAGGAGAGGAGAAGGCGACAGCAAGGCCAGAGGCGGGUGGUCGGAGCGCAGGGAGGGAUGGAGGAGAAGAGGAGACGACAGCGAGAGAGAUGGCUGGAGAAGAAGUGAAAGAGAGGACAGACAUUCACAGAGAGGACAAGAUGGAGAAGGAGGGAGAGAUAAACCAGGACAGAGAGGGAGAGAUGGUGGAAGACAGGACAGGGAGGAAGAAAGAGAAGGAGUGAGAGAUAAACCAGGACAGAGAGGGAGAGAUGGUGGAAGACAGGACAGAGAGGAAGAAAGAGAAGGAGUGAGAGAUAAACCAGGACAGAGAGGGAGAGAUGGUGGAAGACAGGACAGAGAGGAAGAAAGAGAAGGAGGGAGAGAUGGUGGAAGACAGGACAGAGAGGAAGAAAGAGAGAGACCCCGGGAUAGAGAGAGAUCCAGUCCUGCAUCAUCCUCGCAACAAAGUUGGAGUCAACGUUCUUCUUCACUUGGAUCCCUCAAAGGUCGCUUCCUUAAACCCUCUGAAGACGACGACGUCAGAGGGCGCCCUGCUCCUACACCUCGGUCAUCUAUGAGAUUUUUAAAACCCACCUCGGACGACGAAGACUCGGGUCCACAAACCACAAUUUCCCUGGCCUGCAAGACGAGCGUCAGUCCGGGCCGCGACUCCCAUUCUUUGGAAAAGGUGGAAGACCGAGGCGCCGCAAAGCUAAUGGUCGCCCCGAGUGAUGGCAAAGGGAGAAAAUCAAGUGAAAGUGAAGAAGAGGAGGAGGAGGUUCCAAUCCUCUCUGAGGAUGAGAUGAACAAGCUGGGCGCCAAACUGGUGAAGGCGGAGAUAAUGGGUAACACUGCCAUGGUUGAGAAGCUGAAGUCCCAGCUGGAGGCAGCUCGUAAAGCCCAAGAGAACCACGCGGCACGAAAGAAGCUCCAGGAAACGAACAAGUCCAACCAGCCGGCGGGCAGAUCUGCGGAGGACCAGGAGGUGGUGCUGUUCCGAACAGACCAGUCGGGUCAGGCCUGGCCGGUCCAGCCCAUGUCAGGACCUCGGGAGCCCCACGGAGGACGACGGAAGAAGAAGUCGAUUGAGACUCAUGUGGACGGCGAGCGCGUGCGCUACUUCCAGGACGACGACGGCGUGGGUCUGCAGGAGAUGGUCAGGAGGGAGAAGAUGAGCUCGGCACAGGAUCAGAACGCCCUCUACUCUCGAAUGGCUGCCAAGAUGAUGGGGAAGACGGACGGUGACAACUACACCUUGGACGACAUGUUUGUGUCGGGCGCGGCGAGGAAGGAGGGCGAGGGCAGGGAGGAUGAGAGGAUGAGGAGCAGAGCGGCGGAGGAGAGCAGGAGGCUGGCGAGCACCAUGGAGAAAUGUCCUCAGUGUUUCGACAGCCAGGAGCUGCAGAAACACCUCCUGAUAGCCAUCGGCAGCAAGGCCUACCUGAGUCUGCCUGCAGGUGUGUCCAUGACGGAGGGCCACUGUGUGGUCUCCCCCCUGCAGCACCACUGUGCCGCCACCAGCCUGGACGAAGACGUCUGGUCAGAAGUGCAGCUGUUCCGCCGCAGCUUGGUGCGCAUGUUCGAGUCCCAGGACAUGGACUGCGUGUUCAUGGAAACACACCUGAACCCACGCAGGAGACAACACAUGGUGCUGGAGUGUAUCCCACUCCCACGGGAACUGGGGGACAUGGCACCAAUAUACUUUAAGAAAGCCAUGAUGGAGUGUGAUGAGGAAUGGGCCAUGAACAAAAAGGUGGUUGACCUUUCUUGUAAGGACGUCCGCAGAGCUCUUCCCCGAGGACUGCCCUACUUCGCUGUGGACUUUGGACUCCAGGGAGGAUUCGCUCAUGUCAUUGAGAACCAACAAAAGUUCCCGCAUUAUUUUGGCAAGGAAGUGGUCGGAGGGAUGAUGGACUUGGAGCCGAGGCGCUGGAGGAAGUCGAUACGGGAGAACUUUGACGAUCAGAGGAAGAAAGUCCUGCAGUUUGCUGAGUGGUGGAAACCAUACGACUGCACCCGCACUGAGGAGGCAUCAUGAAUAUUUACACUUACAUCAGGAAGAAAAUAAGCUUUUUAACACAAACAUUACUCAUUGGACAUGUUUCUUUGAAGGAGGUCAACUAUCAGUGAUGAAAUUGUUCCUAGCCCCUUCCUGCUCCAUCACUGGUAACAAUAUAAUAGCCUCUCCAUGGUUGCUGCAGCUUUAAUGGCUGGUGUGGUAAGACAUGUGGUCAGGUUGCAUCCCCACUGGGAGCGGUGGCAGGAAGAUUUAUUUUAAUCCGCUUAAAUCUUAUUUGGCACAAAAAAAAAUGUUUUAACCAUUUAUUUCCCUUGAUUUUGUUGUAGUCUAAAACAUGCAAAAUUAAAAAAA